AUGCCGACAUCUGCGACAGUGAUGCAUCCUACUCCUCCUUCUUCUCAAUCAGCAGUUAGCAAUCAACGUAACGCGGAUCUAAUCAGUUCACCACUGAAUUUCGCUCAUCUACCUGCACCAAUAUUGCCUUCAUCGAACCAGCAACUGAACGCCGGCUCUGCUCAGCAACCCCAAUCACAAAACGGCACGCAACAACAAAAUGAACUGAAUAAUCAGGCAAAUGGAUCAGUAAGUCAGCUACCAAAUCAAAUCCCAAAUACAAUUGUAAUGCACACAAACGCAGCUCCAUCUCAG